AGGAGAGAGCCUGCGGGCCGAAGAGGUGAGACGUGACCCGGGACGCAGCGCAGCAGCGGCGGCGACAAUCUCUUUCCCCACUUCUUUCCAGCGACAUGGACCCCCAGACGGCGCUGCCCUGGGCCUUCCUGCUCCUCCUGUUCUUGCAUCUGUCGCCAUUAGGAGGUCGCUCCCACCCGCUGGGCGGGCCUGGCCCCGCCUCCGAGCUGUCCGCAAUGCAGGAGCUGCUGGACCGUCUGAGGGACACAGUUUCAGGGCUGCAGGCAGAGCAGAUGGCCCUGGGACCCCUCCAGCAGGACCACAGCCCCGCAGAAGCCUGGGAGGCCGGGGAGGAACUCCCUGUGGGGGCCCUUGCACCCAGUGACAAUGUCCUCCAGGCCCUGAGAAGACUACGCAGCCCCAAGAUGAUGCGCAAGUCAGGGUGCUUUGGCCGGAGGCUGGACCGGAUCGGCUCCCUCAGUGGCCUGGGCUGCAAUGUGCUGAGAAGGUAUUAAGAGGAAGUCCUGGCUGCAGGCAUCUGCAUCUGAUUCUUCAAUAGCCCCCUGAGCCCCUUUGAAGCAAUUCUUAUUUAUUUGUAUGUAUUUAUUUAUUUAUUUCAAUCAUUUUAUAUAAGACGAUUCUUAACUCUGAGCACAAAUUUUCCAUGGUGAAAUAAAGUCAACAUUAUAGCUUC